CAGUCACUAAUCGACCGAUUUUAAGAGUAUAAGUGCUGAUGAAUCUUGUGAAAUUUUCUUUGUAAAAUCUGAUCAUAAACUGCUUUCGCACGAUAAUUGCCACUUUUCUUAAAAAUUUUUUGUGGAUAUAUAUGUACAUAUAUAUCUCCCUGAAUAGUGCAAAAACCUCAGCAAAUAGAGCAAAAUGACAGCCGUUCAGAAUUCCAAUGGCAAUCUUCCAGAUAAUAAAGACUUAACCACUCAAUAUCAGUUGAAAGUACUGAAUGAUUCACAAAAGCAAUACAUACGUUCUUCCAUCCCUAUUUUGGAAUCAAAUGGUGUUGAUUUAACGAAGAACUUUUAUAAAAAAAUGCUAGAGAACUACCCUGAAGUGCGUCCAUACUUUAAUAAAGCGCAUCAGACAUCUUUAUCUCAACCACGGAUUCUAGCAUUUGCGUUACUAAAUUAUGCUAAAAAUAUUGAUGAUCUUGCUCCGCUAUCGGGAUUUAUUGAUCAAAUCGUAAUGAAGCAUGUCGGUUUACAAAUUAAAGCAGAACAUUAUCCUAUAGUUGGAAAUUGUUUGCUAGCUACAAUGCAGGAAAUGCUUGGCAAAGACAUUGCUACUCCUGGUUUUUUAGAAGCUUGGGCUAUAGCUUAUGGUAACUUGGCGAAGAUUCUAAUUGACUACGAAAGGAGUGUGUAUGAAAACCAACCAUGGAACGGCUUUGCUGAAUUUGAGGUGGUAAAACUUACUGACGAGUCUUUGGAUGUAAAGUCUGUUUAUUUGGCCCCAAGGAACAAAGAGUUCAAAAUUGCUUCGGCUUAUCCAGGUCAAUAUAUAACUGUUGCUUGGAAGAUACCGGAGUUACCUCAUGAAACUCUCAGAGAGUAUUCUCUAUCCAAACAUCCGGACACUCAACAUAAUAUGUACCGCAUAUCUGUACGCCGCAUCAAAGAUGGUGUUGUUUCUAAUUAUGUCCACGGCAAAUUGAAAAAAGGCGAUUUAGUUGGGGUUAGUCCACCAGUCGGUAACUUUAAAUACAGAAAGGUAGAAGGAAACCAAAAUAUCCCGAUUCUAUGUUUCGCCGGCGGAAUAGGUAUAACUCCGAUCAUAUCUAUCAUUGAAACCGCUUUACUAGACGGGAGGAUGGUUGUUUUUUGUUUUUCUAAUAGAACAUACACAUCUCGGCCUUUUAAGGAUUGGCUUUUACAAAUUAAGGAGGAGUAUAAAGAUCAAAUCAAACUUAAAGAGUUCUUUUCACAAGAAACUCAUGUUCGCAAAGAGGAAGUUAUUGACGAGUUAAUGACGCGUGUUUUGAAUCGAACAGAUAUUGAGAAGCUCAUUUCUGCCGAUUGCGACAUAUACAUGCUUGGACCCAAUAGCUACAUGCGGUUCAUUAAAGAAGAACUUCUGCAACUCGGGGUGAAGUCGAACAAAAUAGCAACAGAAUUUUUUGGCCCAUAUUCUCCUUAAUUGUGUUGUGAAUACCAUAUACCUGAUUAUUUUAUGGGAUUCCAUAUCGGAAGGAAUGAAAAAAAGUUUCAUAAUCUGACAAGCUGUUGUUGAACAUAAUAUAUAUAGUACUAUAGGGCAGAUGCCAUUAGGGAAUGUUAUAAUUGCUGGACAAUGGGUAUGCUUCGAAUUCGUGAAGAAUGAAUUGAAGCAUAGUAACAUUUGGCAAUAGAUAAAUACCUCCUUUUGUGCAUCGAUUGUAUUUGGAUACUUUCGUUUAAUGUCUAUCCAUUCCAUUAAUAAUACUAUACAUCAAAAAUAGAAUAGAAUAAAUGUUGGAUUCGAAGGUACUCGAAGUCCAUAUUUUCUUGACCUUGCUCUUCGAUAUGUUUCAAUGAUACACUGACCUUAAGAAGACGUAAGUUUUGACGCCUUUGAAGAACAUAAGAUCUCUGGUCUUGAGGCGGUCUUGAUUGAAGUAUUUAAUACAGUCAUACAUUAAGCAAUAUAGAAAGAGAACAUUUGAAAAUUUAGCGUGUUUCCUUUCCACAAUAAAAACUGGGAAUAUAGAAAUAGAGAUAACGUUCAUAUACAUUGGAUAAUGAUUUAAUUGAAUUUUGAUUUCGAAAAACGUAUGAAGUUGAUUAGUUUUAAUUCUUCAGUGUUCCGAUGAGAAGUUUCCAACACUGAAGCGAAUACGAUUGAACAACAUGUCAUGAACCUAUGUUGUACAAAUAAUAUAGACCGAAAAUAAUAAAAUUAUGUCUUUCGUACUCACAAUUUAUGAAAGUUUACACGAGGAAGGCUAUUUUCUUUAUAUACCUAACAUUAAUUCUAGCACCAUCAUUAACCACGAUCCCAUUGCUUAAAGUAUAAAAGGGAGAGCCUUCGUUUUAUAUGAUGUGUUUAUUAGAAAAACAACUUGAGGCUUGGAUUACAGAAUGAAAUAAGCUAUCAGUCCCCCCCCCCCCCUUUUCAAAAAAAAGCAAACAUGUUUCUCUUUGGUU